AUGACUGGUGAAUAUGUUGGCUACUUGGAGCUAGCCGAUGAGCAUACAGGCCAUUCGGAGUUGGCUGAUGAGCGCGCGGGCCACUCGGAGCUGGCUGAUGAGCACGCUGGCCACUUGGAGAUGGCCGAUUCUGUGGAUGAUUACAUGCAGAUUGGAGAAAGCACCGCUAUAGAGAGUCUCGGCAGCUUUACCAAAGUAAUUGUUGCAAUAUUCGGUGAUGAGUAUCUAAGGUCACCAACUGACGAGGACACUACAAGAUUGCUUGCAAUUAGCAAACAACGAAGAUUUCCUGGGAUUUUACCGGGAGAUCUUAAUGACAUUAAUGUGUUAGAACGGUCUUCCGUUUUUUCUCAAGUUGUUGAAGGACAUGGUCCGACUGUUAAUUAUAUAGUCAAUGGUCAUGAAUACACUAUGGGAUACUACCUUGCUGAUGCCUUUCUACCUAUGGGCCUUGACGAACCCUCAGUAGGAUAUUCGUCUUUCCUGCAAUUUAUUGAAUUUGGAGUUGCAGGAGAAGAUGUAGUAGGACUUGAAUUUUUUGAGUACAUAGAUUUUUUUCAUUGA